AAUGCCCCUAACCCAAAGUCGUCCCCUCGAGCUCAUUCGGCCAGCGAAGAGGGCGACGCAGUGAAGAAGACCAAAGCCCCGCCAGCCAACAACUCCUCCAAAGCCGGUGGCCGCGACUCCUCCGACGACAAUGCGAGUGGUGCUGGCGGUAUCGAUGAUGAAGAUGAUGUGGAGGAUGAUGAAGAUGAUGAAAACAACGACAUUUCGGCUGAGGUGAAGGAGAUGUUUCAAUAUAUCCAACGGUAUACACCGCAAAGUAUUGAGCUUGAAACGAAACUGCGCCCCUUCAUUCCUGAAUAUAUUGCUGCUGUGGGUGACAUAGAUGCAUUUCUAAAAGUUCCAAGACCAGACGGCAAGCCUGACAACCUCGGACUAACCGUGCUGGAUGAACCUUGCACCAACCAAUCGGAUCCCACCGUACUUGACCUUCAGUUGAGAGCAGUCAUAAGGGACAUCAAGAACGCUGAGGAGAAUGGCAAAGAGAUUGAUAAAUGGAUCAAAAGUAUUGGUGACCUCCACCGCUCCAAACCACCUCCAACCGUACAUUACGUAAAGCCAAUGCCAGAUUUGACAACCCUCAUGACCGAGUGGCCCGUGGAAUUCGAAAAAACCUUGAAUACUACGGUUUUGCCUACAGCAGUACUAAACUGCAGUCUCAAGCUACUGCGUGUUUUAGCCAUUUUGGAUGUGCCAGUUUAUAAAAAUCGGAUUGAAACCCUUCACCUUAUAUUUUCUCUUUACUUGGAAUUUAAGAACUCACAAGUAAGAAUUUUUACUUUGAAAAAAGAGGCUUUUGAAUGCUAUUACUGA